AGGCUCUUUGACAUGUCCGAGGAUGCUCCCGGACUUUGGACCACAGUAAGAUUCUGAUCGGAAAAUAGCAUCAAGCGAAUAGUGCUGGGAAGUGGAAGGAACCGAUGAAGGAACUCGGGUUUUUCCUUCUGCUUUGCUUCUGCUGGUGCCUAGACCAAGUCCCAGAUGGAAAACGAGUAUACAAGUCGAGCAAGUUGGACAUCUUGUUGUCGGAAUGUUUUAUCCAGCAUCACUCACAACCACAGCAGCAGCAACACUCACAGCAUUCACAACACAGACACAACGAAACCCACACUCUCAUCCAAAUCUUCCUUCAUCAUGAUCUUCUCCGUCAAGAACACCCUCUUCCUCCUCCCCCUCGUGGCCCUUGCCCUCGCCGCGCCCACCAGCGGCAACCUUGGCGCCCGGGAUGUCCAGGGCCCCGAGAUCGACGCCGCCAUGGCCGAGCAGAUUGUAGACGCCAUUUCCGGCCUGCACGCCAGGGGCGACGUCGCCCGGUCCGACGUGGUCGGCUUCGUCAACGAGGCGCUCCACAGGCGGGACGUCCUCGUCGCCCGUGCCGGCGGCCUCAAGAAGAAGCCUGGGAUGGACAACCUUCGCCCCCCUACCCCUCCGGGGAGGCCCGCCGCGCCGGGGCCUAACAGCGGGCCCAACCAGCCGCCGGCGCCGCCUGCGCCCGGCGCUCCUCCGGUCGCGGCCAACCAGCCUCCCAAAUACGACAACCAGCCCAGGCCGGGGACGCCGCCCUCGAACAACCCGAACCCAGGAAACCAAAGCCGCUGGUCCCCAGACUCCGGCAAGGACGGGAAGAGCAAGUGGGACAAGGUCAAGGACCAUUUCAAGAUUGGUGGCGGCAAGAAGAACUAG